CUGUGCUCCUUUUAUACCGUGCAGCGAGCUGUGGCAAGUUGAGACACACACGAAGGAGUGGCAGAGCAGAAGGUACGCAGAGAGCAGAGAAGGACACGCAUUUUUCUGUAAAGACAGCGCAGACUGCUUCAAACUUUCUCUGCUUUUCAUUGACUCAUUUUCGGAUCGUGUUGUGCCCUGUGCGUAAAUGGCACUGGGGUCGUAGCGCAAGGAGCGGAGGGACAUUUCUGGGAAGGAAGACAGAAGCGGUCGCAGGUUGUUUGGGAAUCCGCUGCACCAAGAGCUGUUGUCGGCGUUGUCGGAGUGCACAUGUCGCUCAUUUGAUCUGGAGUCAGUCAGACGAUCCACUGCCAUGAAGAAAGUUUAAUUAGUUCGCAGAGGUGGGCAAUAUACAAUGAUGGAAAGUAACUCAUUUACACAGCCCCCUCUCCAUCGUCUUAUCAUGCGGCGUUUCAGCUCUGAAGGCUCACUCCUGGACCUGGACUUUCUUCCUUGGAAAAAAGUUAACCUCAAGAAUGCGGAUGAGCCCAGAAACCGAAACUCGGGGACUUACACUUUGCACGAAUACUCAGAUGAACCAGACUGUGCCAGAACUGGAUGCUUCCCGCCUCUUAUCCGUGAACCUGGCGGGAAGAGGGAGCUCACCAAAGAACGGAGCAUAAGUACAGAGAACUUGGAUGAUAUUAAAAAGGAUAGUAAAAAUCGGUUGAGCGUGUGUGUGAUAAGUGAAGGGUGCCGGGCGUACAGUGACGGACAGUUAGCGCCGACAGCUAACGGUAGCACAGAGAGCAUAGAGAAAGAAGAGCCUUCCACUUCCCCCACUGACCCCACCUGCUCGACCAACCCCUCCAAAUCUCAGCGGAAAGCCAAGCUGCAUGCUGCCAAACUGCACCUCAAGAGUCUCUUUGGAGGACAGAGUCCUCACUCCUCACACUCAAACCUCUUCAACCCUGAGCACAAGGAAAGUGUGGAGGAGAGGAGGUCGCGGCUGCUCUUCAUGCGUCAGUGGAGUCAGAUGGGCCACAGCAGAAAGAGCAAGAUCAGUCGUGAGGAGCUGGAACACUGGUCCCAGUCCCUCACCGCCCUGCUCUCCAGCCCCACUGGAGUGUCAGUGUUUGGGGCGUUCCUGCGCUCUGAGUUCAGCGAGGAGAACCUUCAGUUUUACCUGGCCUGUGAGCAGUACAAACACUCGUCCAAUAACUUCAGCCUGCACAGGAGGGGCCGGGACAUCUAUAAUACCUACAUCCUGCCAGGGUCUCCCAGAGAGGUAAACCUGGACAGUAAGACUCGAGACUUGACCAUCCAGCUGCUGCAGGCCCCUUCCCACACGUCCCUCAACAUGGCCCAGAAGAGAAUCUACUCCCUGCUCGACACGGACUGCUACCCACGUUUCCUCCAGUCUCCCCUGUACACAACCCUCCUCCAGGACUCCCAGUGACCAGUCACAAAACCUCCAUAAUACAAACUGCAAAAACAUCAAAUCAGCAUCUGUUAAAAUCACUUGAAUUCUUAAUUUAAGCAUAUGAAAAAAUGUAGACUUAAAGCAGACCUAUUCUGCAAAAUUGCCUUUUCAAAGCUUUUAACCAUGUUUCAGAGUUGUAUCUGGAGUGAUUGGUGUUUGCUUGAGCUUCAAUCACUUAUUUUAAAGACACCGUAUAUAAAAUUUGUCUCGCCUCAGUACAGAUAUAUGUAUAAGCAGCUCUUGAGGUCAGAGUAAGUCUGCCCAUCGUGCUGUCUGCAUCUAAUUAGAAAACGUUUUCUUGUCUGAAUCAGGAUGUUCUUUUUAAUAAUAAUAAUAAUAAUGCAUUUUAUUUAUAAGCGCCUUUCAAAACACCCAAGGACACUGAACAAGAUAAAAUUAGAUAAAAAACAUACAAAUACAAUAAAACAUGUUAGCAUGCUAGUUGUUGUUAACUUUAUCUCACAGCAAACCUCUGCUCUGAAAGUUGUGAAAAAUGUUUAAACAUCACAGUGAAUAAUUAGGAUGCUCAGUAUGCAUAAGGAGGUGAUCCUCUGACUGAAUUUAAUAGUCCAAAACUUCCAUUAUUAGACCUUCAAACUGAAUAAAUCCAAACUAGUAAAGACUACUAAAAAUAGACUAUUUUGGCACAUGCAGAUUUUGUUUGUUUUUGCAGUGAUCCAGGGCUCAAAAUGACCAGUGCUCCACAUCUCUCUUAUAAGGACCACCAUCACUGUAGUUUGGACUGUAUGUAAUAACCAUGUACUGAGGAAAAAACAUUUUAGACUUCUUCGAUGAAAAUUGUCAUUGAUUAUACUGAAAUAAAUGGAUACAUAUGUACUUCCACUUAUCUGAUCCUGCAUUAUGUUUAUGUACAGGCUAAAUGCUUGCUAGAGAUGUCACACAGUCAAAUACUAGUGUUACUCUGAUUGUAAUAUAUUUUUUUUCUUCUUUUUUAUAGGACAGGAAAGAUUUAGUGUGAAAUGGGGCUGAAGAGUGGGGACAGACACUCUGUGCUUCCACUAAUCCAUUACAAAAACUGGUGUUUUAAAGGGAUGAAGUUUAGGAACAGGGUUAUAAGGUUACAGUUAUGGUUAAGGUUAGGAAAUGUUAAAGUGCGAUAAACAUUUAAACUCCAUCUACAACCACAUUUCAAACAGCUGCUAAACUGUGCAGUGUCUGGAGGACUAAAGAAAAAAGUGAGAGGGAGGAGGGGCAGGGUCUGGACAUAUUAGGAACAGUGUGGUUGGUCUCACAGGUAUCCACACUUCAGACUCCACCCCUGAAGCCAGGUGUUUGUAAUCAGAAACACCUGGGUGUAAUCAGGGCAGUCUUGCGUGGUACCACAUAGUACUUGAAAUUGCACAGACCACUGAAGAUUAGAUUUAAUUUGUACAUACACAAACAUUGUAAACAGGUACAAAACAUAAACAUUUCUGUGCAGGUGAGAGUCAGAUCAUAACGGUCUUAUAAGACCAUCUCCCCUAAAACAUGUCAGACAUGAACAGGCACUAUAAUAGUUCAAAUAUUACACAUGUAUAUGAAUCAACAUUCAUUUUAAUUGUCUCUUAAAACAUUCCACUGUGGAAACAGACGUGAGAGUGGGUGUUAAAUUAUUCCAGAGCUGAAUAAUCUGGUCUUGAGUGUUGAGGGUCUUUGAUUGGUGGAUGUUCUGCACAAAGAAAGAUAAAAAGCCUCAGCAGUGUCUUGUAGAAUAGGUGUAACAACUGAAGAGUACAUAAAAAACUGUCUUAAAAAUGUCUUCUGUAUUAAUAAAAUCUUGUUGAGAUCUGUCUUAUGUGUAGUACCCCAAACCAUGUUAAAAUAUAUGAUGUAAGGAUAGGUUAGUUUAUAUUAUAAUGUCAUCAUGCAUGAAACAUUUAUACAGGAGUGAGCUCAAAACACUAAUGGAUGUCGUCAUUUUUCUACAAAGAUGUCGGGUAUGAUAUUUCCAGGUUAGUUUUUGGAGUAAAUGUUGAUCAAAAGCUUAGUUUGAGCCAUUUGGUUAAUUGUGAUACCAUCAACAGAUGUGUUACAUCCUCUUGAUUGUAUUUAUUAUUUUUUGUUCUGAAAAUCAUAAAGUUUGUCUUUUGUAUAUUC